AUGGUGCUCGCGAAGGGCGUGAAGCUGGAGGAGGAUCCGCGCGAUCCCGAGGGGAUCGUGCGGUUCAAGCGUCCGACGCUCACGGAGGCGGAGCUCGCGCAGGACGGGUACUCUCUCUUCGCGCUGAUGCUCUCGCUUCUCGGCGUCAUGCUCGGCGGGAGGAAGAUUUUCUGCUGGACGGGGGCGCUGCUCGCGGUCGCGUCGGUGGUGAACCGGCGUGCGCACGACGCGGACACGAAGCAGAUUUGGACGGCCGCGCUCUUCGGCGUCGGCGGGCUGUUCAUCAUGAUCCUCAACGGGAAGCAGGGCGAGAAAGCGCGGGCGGGAGGGUUCGACGACUGA